CUGCCUGAUACGGGAACUUUUGUUUCUUCAAAAUUGCUUUGGACAGUGCGCCCGCCAGCCAUGGCAGAGCCCCGGGUGCUCUUGCUCUGCCUCUUGGCCUUCUGCCUGGUGGGUUUCAGCUUCAUCAGGGGACAGAAGGUACACUCUAAACGAUGUGAUGUAAAGACCAAGUUGAUCACUCAUAAACCCUGUACUCCAUGUGCGGCCAUCAAGAAGCGGGCAUGUCCCCCAGGCUGGCUUCGGUAUUUCCCAGAAAAGAUAUUCCAGGACUGUCGCUAUGAGGUAGAGCUGGGAGGCUCUUUGGUGUCCUUAAGUGGCUGCAGCCAGGAGUGCUCGAAGGAUGUGGUACAGAAGGCCUGCUGCCCGGGCUACUGGGGAUCCCAGUGCUAUGAGUGCCCCGGAGGUGCUGAAACCCCAUGCAAUGGCCACGGGACCUGCCUGGAUGGCAUGGCUGGAAAUGGGACCUGUGUGUGCCAGGAAAACUUCAGUGGCUCAGCCUGCCAGGAGUGCAGAGACCCCAAGAGAUUUGGGCCUGACUGCCAGUCAGUGUGUAGCUGUGUGCAUGGCCUGUGCAGCCAUGGGCCACUGGGAAAUGGGAGCUGCCUGUGCUUUGCUGGAUACACCGGCCCCCGCUGUGACCAAGAGCUCCAGGUCUGCCAGGACCAGAAAUGCCCCCAGAACUCCCAGUGCUCCGCAGAGGCACCCACUUGCAAGUGCCUGCCUGGCUACACCCAGCAGGGCAAUAUUUGUCUAGCUUCUGACCCCUGCCAGCCAUCUCCUUGCUCCCCAUUGGCCCGAUGCUCAGUGAGUUCCAAGGGGCAGGCUCAGUGUCAUUGCCCUGAGAACUACCAUGGUGAUGGGAAGGUGUGUCUGCCCCAGGACCCAUGUACCAUCAACUUUGGUGGCUGCCCCAGCAACUCCACCUUGUGUCUAUACCAGAAGCCAGGCAAGGCCGUCUGCUCAUGUCUGCCAGGCCUGUUCAGCAUUAAUGGCAAUGCCUCUGCGGGCUGCUUUGCCCUCUGCCUGCUCCAUUCCUGUGACAAGUCAGCCACCUGCCAGCAGACCCCUGAUGGGAAGACCAGCUGUGUGUGCAAGGACGGUGAGGUGGGGGAUGGACGUGCCUGCUAUGGACACCUGCUCCACGAGGUGCAGAGGGCCAGUCAAAUAGGCCUGGUGCUCCUGAGGCUGAGAAUGGCCAUUGCCAUGUUCGAGCAAGGCUGCCAGGAGAUCCUUACCACAGCAGGCCCAUUCACCGUGCUGGUGCCAUCCAUCUUAUCCGUCUCCUCUGUCUCCUCCAGGACCAUGAAUGCAACACUGGCCCAGCAGCUCUGCAGACAACAUAUCAUCGCAGGGCAGCACAUCCUGGAGAAUGUGGGGCCCUCAAAUACACGCAGGUGGUGGACACUGGCCGGCCAAGAGAUCACUGUCACUUUCAACCACUUGAAAUAUACCUACAAGUACAAAGACCAGCCCCAGCAGACAUUCAGCAUUCACAGGACCAAUUACAUAGCAGCCAAUGGGGUCUUCCAUGUGACCACUGCCUUGCGGUGGCAGCCCCCACCCACGCUACCAGGGGACCCCAAGAAAACUGUUGGCCAGAUCCUUGCUUCUAAUGAGGCCUUCAGCCGAUUUGAAACUAUCCUGGAGAACUGCGGCCUUCCCUCCAUUCUGGAUGGACCUGGGCCCUUCACGGUUUUUGCCCCAAGCAAUGAGGCUGUGGACAGUCUGCGAGAUGGCCGUCUGAUCUACCUCUUCACAGCGGGCCUUUCCAAGCUGCAGGAGCUGGUACGAUACCACAUCUAUAGUCACGGCCAGCUGACAGUUGAGAAGCUCAUCUCUAAGGGGCGAGUCCUCACCAUGGCCAACCAGGUCCUGGCUGUAAACAUCUCUGAGGAGGGGCGCAUCCUGCUGGGACCUGAGGCCAUCCCUGUGAGGAGAGUGGAUGUGCUGGCCGCCAAUGGUGUGAUCCACAUGCUGGAGGGCAUCCUGCUUCCUCCCACCAUCCUGCCCAUCUUACCUAAGCACUGUGAUGAGGAGCAGUACAAGAUUGUCCUGGGUUCCUGUGUGGACUGCCAUGCCUUGAACGCCAGUACAUGUCCCCCUAGUAGUGUGAAGCUGGACAUCUUCCCCAAGGAGUGUGUCUACACUCAUGAUCCAGAUGGGCUGAAUAUGCUGAAGAAGGGCUGUGCCCACCACUGCAACCAGACCAUCACAAAACGAGGCUGUUGCAAAGGAUUUUUUGGGCCUGACUGUGCACAGUGUCCUGGGGGCUUUACUAACCCCUGCUAUGGCAAAGGCAAUUGCAGUGAUGGGAUCCAGGGCAAUGGGGCUUGCCUCUGCUUCCCAGACUACAAGGGCAUUGCCUGCCAUAUCUGCGCCAACCCUAACAAGCAUGGAGAACAGUGCCAGGAAGACUGUGGCUGUGUCCAUGGCCUCUGUGACAACCGUCCAGGCAGUGGGGGUGUGUGCCAGCAUGGCACAUGUGCUCCUGGCUUCCGAGGCCGCUUCUGCAAUGAGUCCAUGGCAGACUGUGGACCCACAGGGCUGGCCCAGCUCUGUCACCUGCAUGCUCGCUGCAUCAGUCAGGAGGGUGUUGCCAGGUGUGUCUGCCUUGAUGGUUUUGAAGGUGAUGGCUACUCCUGCACACGCAGCAAUCCCUGCUCCCACCCAGACCGCGGUGGCUGUUCAGAGAACGCUGAGUGUGUCCCUGGGGACCUGGGCACCCACCAGUGCAUUUGCCACAAAGGCUGGAGUGGAGAUGGCCGCAUCUGCAUGGCCAUUGAUAAGUGUGGGCUAGACACUCGAGGUGGCUGUCAUGCUGAUGCUCUCUGCAGCUAUGUGGGCCCUGGACAGAGCCGAUGCACCUGCAAGCUGGGUUUUGCUGGAGAUGGCUAUGAGUGUAGCCCCAUCGACCCCUGCCGGGUUGGCAAUGGUGGCUGCCAUAGCCUGGCUACCUGCCAGACAGUUGGGGGAGGUCAGCGGGUCUGCAAAUGUCCCCCUCAUUUUGGGGGUGAUGGUUUCAGUUGCUAUGGAGACAUCAUCAGGGAACUGGAGGCGAAUGCCCACUUCUCUGCCUUCUUCCAGUGGUUCAAGAGUGCUGGCAUCACUCUUCCUGCCGACAGCCGAGUUACAACCCUGGUACCCUCUGAAUCUGCCAUCCGUAGGCUGAGCCCCAAGGAUCAGGCCUUCUGGUUGCAGCCAAAGAUGCUCCCAAACCUGGUCAGGGCCCAUUUUCUCCAAGGUGCCUUCUCAGAGGAGGAGCUGGCCAGGCUAAGCGGGCAGGAAGUAGCCACACUGAACCCCACCACACGUUGGGAGAUUCACAACAUCAGUGGGAGAGUCUGGGUGCAGAACGCCAGUGUGGAUAUAGGUGACCUCCUUGCUACCAAUGGUGUCCUACACAUCCUCAGUCAGGUCUUGCUGCCUGCACAAGGGGAUGUCCAGGCUGGGCUGGGGUUGCUGCAGCAACUAGAUGGGGUGCCCUCAUUCCGCCUCUUCCGGGAACUGCUGCAGUAUCACAAAUUGGUAACCCAGAUUGAGGCUGCAAAGGCCUAUACCAUCUUCGUGCCCACAAAUCACUCUCUGGAGGUUCAUGGAAACAGCAGCAGCCUGGACAUUGACACAGUGCGACAUCACAUGAUCCUUGGGGAGGCACUCUCAGUGGAGGACCUGCGGAAAGGGGGACACCGCAAUUCCCUCCUGGGCCCCGCCCACUGGCUGGUCUUCUACAAUCACAGUGGCCAGCCUGAAGUGAACCAUGUGCCACUGGAGGGCCCGUUGCUGGAGGCCCCUGGAUGCUCUCUGUUUGGCCUAUCAGGGAUCCUGACAGUGGGCUCCAGUCGCUGCCUGCACAGUCAUGCAGAGGCCCUUCGGGAGAAAUGCAUAAACUGCACCCGGAAAUUCCGCUGUACUCAGGGAUUCCAGCUCCAGGACACACCUAGGAAGAGCUGUGUCUACAGAUCUGGCUUUUCCUUCUCCCGGGGCUGUUCCUACACAUGUGCCAAGAAGAUCCAGGUACCUGACUGCUGCCCUGGCUUCUUUGGCAUACUAUGUGAGCCGUGCCCAGGGGGUCUAGGUGGUGUGUGCUCAGGUCAUGGGCAGUGCCAGGACAGGUUCCUGGGCAAUGGGGAGUGUCGCUGCCAAGAGGGCUUCCACGGAACAGCUUGUGAGAUGUGUGAGCUGGGCCGCUAUGGACCCACCUGCUCUGGAGUCUGUGACUGUGCCCAUGGGCUGUGCCAGGAGGGGCUGCAAGGGGACGGAAGCUGCAUCUGUAAUGUGGGCUGGCAGGGUCUCCGCUGCGACCAGAAAAUUAUUGACCUUCAAUGCUCCAAGAAGUGCGACCCUAAUGCCAACUGUGCACAGGACUCAUCUGGAACCCCUGUCUGCAUCUGUGCUGCAGGAUACUCCGGCAAUGGCAGUUACUGCUCAGAGGUGGACCCUUGUGCCUCUGGCAAUGGGGGCUGCUCGCCCCAUGCCAACUGCACCAAGGUGGCACCUGGGCAGCGGACAUGCACCUGCCAGGAUGGCUACACAGGUGACGGGGAGCUGUGCGAAGAAAUUAACAGCUGUCUCAUCCACCAUGGGAGCUGCCAUGUUUAUGCAGACUGCAUCCCUACAGGCCCACAGCAGGUUUCCUGCAGCUGCCGUGAGGGCUACAGUGGCGAUGGCAUUCGGAGCUGUGAGCUUCUGGACCCCUGCUCUCAGAACAAUGGAGGUUGCAGUCCUUAUGCUGUGUGCAAAAGUACAGGGGACGGCCAGAGGACGUGCACUUGUGACACAGCCCAUACUGUGGGAGAUGGCUUCACUUGCCGUGCACGAGUUGACCUGGAGCUCCGACGGGACAAAAAUGCCUCAUUCUUCAGCAUCUACCUCCUGGAAUACAAGGAGCUCAAGGGCAAUGGGCCUUUCACCAUCUUUGUGCCACAUGUAGAUCUGAUGCGGAACCUGUCACAGGAUGAGCUGUCUAGGAUUCAUGCCCAUCGCCAACUUGUGUUUCGCUACCAUGUGGUCGGCUGUUGGCAGCUAGGGAGCCAGGAGCUGCUGGACCAGGGAUAUGCCACUGCUCUAUCUGGGCACACACUGCGCUUCAGUGAGAGGGAGGGCAGCAUAUAUCUGAAUGACUUUGCACGGGUGGUCAGCAGUGACCACGAGGCGGUGAACGGUGUUCUGCAUUUCAUUGAUCGUGUACUGCUGCCACCAGAUGUGCUACACUGGGAGGCUGAUACUGCCCCAAUCCCUCCAAGAAAUGUCACCGCUGCUGCUGAGAACUUCGGUUACAAGAUCAUCAGCCAGCUGGUGACGGUAGCUGGCCUCCUGCCCAUGCUUCAGGAUGCAUCCCAUCGGCCCUUCACUAUGCUGUGGCCCACAGAUUCUGCUCUGCAAGCCCUGCCUGCUGAUCGGCAGGCCUGGCUAUACCAUGAGGACCACAGAGACAAACUGGCAGCCAUUCUGCGGGGCCAUAUGAUCCGAAACAUUGAGGCCUUGGCAUCUGACCUGCCCAACCUGGGCCCACUCCGAACCAUGCAUGGAAACCCCAUCUCCUUCUCCUGCAGCCGUACCCGGCCUGGUGCACUCAUGGUAGGCGAAGAUGACGCCCACAUUGUGCAGCGGCACUUGCCUUUUGAAGGUGGCCUGGCCUAUGGCAUCGACCAGCUCCUGGAGCCACCUGGUCUUGGUGCCCGCUGUGACCGCUUUGAGACCCGGGCACUUCAAAUGAAGACUUGCAGCAUCUGUGGACUGGAGCCACCCUGUCCUCAGGGAUCACAAGAGCAGGGCAGCCCUGAGGCCUGCUGGCGCUACUUCUCCAAGUUCUGGACGACUCCCCCACUGCAUUCCCUGGCACUUCGCAGUGUCUGGAUGAGGCCUAGCUUCUGGAAUCAUCCCCAGCGUCUGGGUAGGGGCUGCCGCCGAAACUGUGUCACUGUUGUCUGGAAGCCCAGCUGCUGCCCUGGUCACUAUGGCAGUGACUGCCAAGCUUGCCCUGGUGGACCCAGCAGCCCCUGCAAUGACCAUGGUGUGUGCCUGGAUGGCAUGAGUGGAAGUGGGCAGUGUAAAUGCCAUUCAGGUUUUGCUGGGACAGCCUGUGAACUCUGUGCCCCAGGUUCCUUUGGACCCCAAUGCCAAGCCUGCCACUGCACCCCACAUGGACGCUGUGAUGAGGGCCUUGGGGGCUCUGGCUCCUGCUUCUGUGAUGAAGGCUGGACUGGGCCACGCUGUGAGGUGCAGCUGGAGUUGCAGCCUGUGUGUGCCCCACCCUGUGCACCCCAGGCCAUGUGCCGUGCGGGCAACAGCUGUGAGUGCAGCCUGGGCUAUGAAGGGGAUGGCCAUGUGUGCACAGUGGCAGAUCUGUGCCAGAAGGGACAUGGCGGCUGCAGUGAGCAUGCCAAUUGUAGCCAGGUGGGGACAGUGGUCACCUGUACCUGUCUGCCUGCCUAUGAGGGUGAUGGUUGGAGUUGCCAAGCUCGAAACCCCUGCUUGGACAGCCACCGUGGAGGCUGCAGUGAGCAUGCUGACUGCAUCAAUACUGGCCCGAACACCCGGCGCUGUGAGUGUCAUGCAGGCUAUGUGGGUGACGGACUGCAGUGUCUAGAGGAGCUUGAGCCACCUGUGGACCGCUGUCUGGGCCAGCCAUCACCCUGCCACACAGAUGCUGGGUGCACUGACCUCCAUUUCCAGGAAAAGCGGGCUGGCGUCUUCCACAUCCAGGCCACCAGUGGCCCUUAUGGCCUGACUUUCUCAGAGGCCAAGGCAGCAUGUGAGGACCAGGGAGCAGUCCUUGCUUCACUCCCUCAACUCUUAGCUGCCCAGCAGCUGGGCUUCCAUGUAUGCCUGGUGGGCUGGCUGGCCAAUGGCUCUGCUGCCCAUCCUGUUGUCUUCCCUGCGGCAGACUGUGGUGAUGGUCGUGUAGGUGUAAUUAGCCUUGGUGUUCGCGAGAACCUGUCAGAACACUGGGAUGCCUACUGCUACCGUGUGCAAGAUGUGGCUUGCCGAUGUCGGGAUGGCUUUGUAGGUGAUGGGAUCAGCACAUGCAAUGGGAAGCUGCUUGAUGUACUGGCUGCCACCCCCAACUUCUCCACCUUCUAUGGGAUGCUGCUGGGUUAUGCUAAUACUACCCAGAGUGGUCUUGACUUCCUGGACUUCCUGGAUGAUGAGCUCACCUACAAGACACUUUUUGUCCCUGUCAAUGAAGGCUUUGUGGACAAUAUGACGCUGAGUGGCCCAGACCUAGAACUCCAUGCUUCUAAUGCCACCCUUCUGAAUGCCAAUGCCAGUCAGGGGACCUUGCUUCCUGCCCACUCGGGUCUUAGCCUCAUCAUCAGUGACAACAGUUCUUGGGCUCCUGUGAUUCCAGGGGCAGUUGUGGUUGGCCGUAUCAUCACGUGGGACAUCAUUGCCUUCAAUGGCAUCAUCCAUGCUCUGGCCAGGCCCCUACUGGCACCCCCCCAGUCUGGGGCAGUGUUGGCACCUGAGGCACCUGUGGCAGAAAGCGUGGGGGUUGUGGUAGCUGCUGGAACCCUGCUGGGGCUGGUGGCUGGAGCCUUCUAUUUGCGUGUGCGAGGCAAGCGCACAGGCUUUGGUUUCUCUGCCUUCCAGGCAGAAGAUGAUGCUGAUGAUGACUUCUCCCCAUGGCAAGAAGGGACCAGCCCAACCCUGGUGUCUGUCCCCAACCCUGUCUUUGGCAGCAAUGAUGUCUUUUGUGAACCCUUUGAUGCCUCACUCUUGGAGGAAGACUUUCCUGAUACCCAGAGGAUCCUCACAGUCAAAUGAUGGCCAGGAGCCAAAACAAAGGCACAUGGAGGACAG